CUCAUGUAUAAACCUUCAGUUUCUCUGUCAGAUCUCCAACAUCCAACGUCGAAAUGAAAUCCACAGACAAGGACGAGAAGAAAGACGAGAAGAAGCAGGAAAAUAAAGAGGAGGAAGUGAAGAAGGAGCCUCCCACACCGUUGGCUGAGAUCAAGAGCAACUUUGUGCUCAUCGACAGGGCUGUUUCGACAUUGGAGCCUAGGUUCACUCAUAGGGUGCUUAGAACACUGACGACACUGGUGAAGAGAUUAGAUGAAACGAUCAUCCGUAAUGCUAUAGAGGAAGCAUACCCCAAAGAAUCGACAACAAAAUCCACCCUUGUCUCGUGGCUUCCUACAACGUCUGAAGAUGUCGAAAUGCAAGUCGAUUCUGCCCCCACUUCCGCGACAACCGCCAAACCCGCCGCACCAGUAACCCCCGAGCCUGUUCCAGAAGUCGACAUUUACCUGCGUCUGCUUAUCAUCAAUCAGCUGCUCAAGUCAACGGAAGGCGUUUCGAAAGCGAAGGAACUUUCGGUCGAGACGGUCAAGAAGAUGCAAGCUCUAAAUCGCAGAAGCCUGGACUCUAUCGCCGCCAAGGUCUGGUUUGCUGUUGAACGCGCUUUUGAGUUAGCUGGUGAUAUAUCAGAGGCUCGUCCAAUGUUCUUGGCCGCACAACGAACUGCAGCCCUCAGACACGACGAUGAUACCCAAGCUUCUUUGAUCAACCGUCUGCUUCGCUCAUACUUAGCUUACAGUUUGUACGAUCAAGCUGACAAGUUAGUAUCUAAAACGACGUUCCCCGUAUCCGCUGGUAAUCCACAAUAUGCGCGGUACCACUAUUACCUUGGCCGGAUAAAGACCGUGCAGCUCAACUACAGCGAUGCCCAUACGAAUCUGCAACAAGCCAUCCGUCGCGCUCCUCCAGCAACUGUAGCACCUGGCUUUUACCAAGCUGUACACAAGCUUUUUGUGGUCGUAGAAUUGUUGAUGGGUGAUAUUCCAGAUCGGAGUAUCUUUAGACAUCCUGUAUUGGAGAAACCGCUGAAGGGAUAUUUCGAGAUUGUGAAAGCUGUCCGUACAGGUUCCCUUUCACAAUUCCAACAAACAGUUCUCAAACAUGCUGCCCUAUUCCAAGCCGACAAAACACACACUCUGAUCACUCGACUACGACAAAACGUGAUCAAAACCGGUAUUCGUCGACUUUCGCUCUCGUACUCGCUCAUCUCACUUAAAGAUAUCUGCGUAAAACUGCACCUGGAUUCGGAGGAAGACGCCGAGUACAUUGUCGGAAAAUCCAUCCGCGAUGGUGUCAUUGACGGUCGGUUGGUCCAUGAGAAAGGGUGGAUGGCUUGUGGUGGUGCCGGUGGUGUCAAGAGAGGGUACGGUGCCGAUGUUGCAGAGACAUUUUCCAGGCGAAUUGGUUAUUGUUUAGAACUACACAACCAGAGUGUCAAGGCUAUGCGUUAUCCUCUAAAUGCUCACCGAAAAGAACUUGCGGACGCGGAAGGAGCACGGGAACGAGAGAAAGAGUUGGCAAAGGAAAUCCAGGAGGGUGAUCUGGAUGAUGAAGACCUUGGUGGCGAAUUUUGAAUAUCAAAUGAGUCGUAUCAGAAUGCAGUUGGCAUUCAUUAUAAUUGUAUAAGAGGAGUAGAGACUGUAGAGUCGACAGUGGUCAAAGCUGUUCCGCUGAUCCUAAACUGGAAGGGUGUGAACUU